CUUGCCAUUUCCCCUGCUGCAAGUCAUCAUCGUCAUCAUAAUCUUUCUCUCUCACACAUAUACACUUGCUAGUUGCUGCAGAUAGACUUGGUGACAAUCCACCAAAGAUCAAAUAUCACUUGACGUUCGAAGCCAUGAGGUCGAUAGCUGCGCCGGCGGCGACUCCUACAGCCGCUGUCUCGCCCUGGCACUCACCGGUCCCGUACCUGAUCGGCGGGCUUGCCGCUAUGAUUGGGCUUAUCGCCCUCGCGCUUCUUAUCCUCGCCUGCUCCUACUGGAAGCUCAACAACAUUCUAGGCACCGGCAGCACCUCCUCCUCCUCCGGCGCAGGUGCCACCGACGGCGCCGGUUCCAAAUCACCGGCGGGCACUGCAGCGGCGUCUCCGUCCAUGCUCACGGACCUCGUCGCCGUCGUUAUGGCCGGGGAGACGGUGCCCACUUUCUUGGCCGCGCCGAUCGUCCGGCGAGCUGGUGACGACGCUGCGGACGGAGAGGGCUCGCUGGACACGGAGGAUGAGAAGAACCGUGGCAAUUCGGGGGUGGUACGAUCACGACAGCUGGUGGUAACUGACUGAUUUGUGAGAGGCUAGCCGAGCUAGCAAACUAGAUACAGGUGUGAAAUGCGAGCUGAUACGACAAGAGAGACGAUGUUCUAGGGAGUUUUGUGAGUAGUGUUUAAUCUCUGUUUUUUCUGUUUAAUUUCUUUUUCUUCAGCACUUUCGAUAUUGUAAACUCCGCUACAAAAGAUUGUCAAAUUAGUUUUUCGAUUUUCUUUAUGUA